CAACGGGUGGGACAAGUGGCCGAAAAAACCGCAGUCGGGACAGAUCUCGGCUCAGCCGUCUGAGUGCGAAUCCGGUCUGGACAGAGGGUCUGCGCCCCAAGCCACGCCCGCCCUCGCCCUGUAGUCUAGUCCCCGGAAGUUCUCCCAAAAGCUGCUAAGAAGAGAGGUGGUUGGGGCUGUCCUUUCCUCCCUGUAGCCCUCCUUCCCAGGAUUGGAAAUCAACACUCUAGUAUAUUACGUGGGGGGAGUAACAACAACAACAACAACAGAACCGUUGAUGGACCAGAAUACACCUAGCCCAGGCUUCCUUGCUGGUAGAAUGGAGGGGGCCAAGAUGGGCCGCAGAGCUCAACAGGAGUCAAUGCAGGCUGAGAGUUACUUGAGUAGCAAGAAUUCUUCAUUAACUCAGACUGGAGAGACUCCCCCACCAAAGCCACCUCGGCGGCAGGGAGGCUGGGCAGAGGACUCUGUGAAGGUGUCAAAAUUGGGAAAGAAAUUUUCUGAAGAGAUGGAAGACCGCCGCCUCAAACAGCACAACCUGACUGGAUCAGAUGAAGGAGAAGAUAUCCCCGUGAUCCCAGAUCUGGAAGAUGUGCAGGAGGAAGACUUCGUGCUGCAGGUGGCGUCCCCUCCGAGCAUCCAGGUAAACAGAGUGAUGACCUACCGCGAUCUGGACAAUGACCUCAUGAAGUACUCAGCCUUUCAGACUUUGGAUGGAGAAAUUGACCUGAAGCUCCUCACCAAAGUGCUGGCACCAGAGCAUGAAGUUCGAGAGGAUGACGUGGGCUGGGACUGGGACCAUCUGUACACUGAGGUGUCAUCAGAGCUCCUCACGGAGUGGGACCUGCUGCGGGCAGAGAAGGAGGACCCUGUGGGACCACCCAGGUACACCUGACCCAGCAUCAUCACUGCAUUUGAAUAACAUACAAGAAGUCUAAAACCAAGGCAGCUUGCAAGCAGCUUCAAUUUUUAUACUGAAUAUUUUGAAAUAAAAUAUUUAUUUUCAGUAGACCACAUUGGAUCACUCCAAUUCAAUAAAUGGCUUUAUUCUGUGA